GGUUUAUCUAUCCAUAUAGGCUAAGGUUUAAUAAAUUGUUAUUCGGAAGGAGAUGUCUUCCAAAUACUUGUCCAGAGUUUAUUCCCUUAAUGUCUGGAACAUCACACGGCAAAUGUGGUAUACCCUCUCUCAAUUCCUUUAAAUUUUUAUCCAAAUAGAAAUGGCGGCAGCUAUAUCCCUGUCUCUUCCAACCUCUGCAUUUUCUUCGUCACACCCACCAUCCAAAGCGAUUUAUAUGCAUGGGUGCAGAUCAUUUUCCAUCUCUGUAUCUUUUGUGAAUUCUAUUCCUGCAACUUCAUACCGUAGCAAACAAUUAAGGAGACACAACUGUUCACCCAUGGUGUUUGGCUCCUCAAAUAACGAAGGAAAACCGGAGGAAACCGAAGACCCAUUUGUACUGACAACACCACUGUAUUAUGUGAACGCACCUCCUCACAUGGGCAGUGCUUAUACCACAAUUGCAGCAGAUGCUCUAGCCCGCUUCCAGAGAUUACAAGGUAAAAAAGUAGUGUUCAUCACUGGAACAGAUGAGCAUGGGGAGAAAAUUGCUGCAGCUGCCAGUGCAAAUCAUCAAAAGCCAAGAGCUCAUUGUGACCGUAUUGCAUCUGAUUACCAGGCAUUAUGGAAAGAUCUGGACAUAUCUUAUGACAAGUUCAUUCGUACAACAAAUUCUUAUCAUGAAGCGAUUGUAAAGGAGUUUUAUCUACGAGUCUUUGAGAAGGGAGAUAUCUAUCGUGCAGACUAUGAGGGACUUUACUGUAUUAAUUGUGAAGAAUACAAGGAUGAAAAUGAGUUGCUAGAAGAAAAAUGCUGUCCUAUUCAUAGGAAACCGUGUGAGAAACGGAAGGAGGAUAAUUAUUUUUUCUCUCUCUCAAAGUACCAAAAGCCACUGGAAGAAUUGUUGACUGCAAAUCCACAUUUUGUUCAGCCAGCAUAUCGCUUACAUGAGGUUCAAAAUUGGGUGAAAAGUGGCUUAAGGGACUUCUCAAUAUCUCGGGCAUCAGUUGAUUGGGGCAUUCCUGUUCCAAAUGAUAGCAAACAAACAAUUUAUGUUUGGUUUGAUGCCUUACUGGGGUACUUAUCAGCAAACCCAAGUUCAUAAC